UAUCGAAUGAAAAGAGCAAUUCUUACAGUAGAUGGACGUCGACAGUGGAAUCGGUCGGUAAAAUUAGGUGCACAGCUGAUUGCAAUUGGGAUGAUUUAUGUAAUCGGUUGGGUUCCAUAUUCACUUAUUGUAUUAAUUCAAAUGUUUCAAAGUUCUCAAGAACUUGUUGAUAUUCUUUCAAGAUUUUUGGCUUAUUUACCUUAUCUUCAAGAAUUAAUACUUCCUUUUGUUGCUAUUUUAUACAUGCCAGAAGUAAAAGGAAAACUUGUUGCUUUAUUUAUGUUUCCAUGCAAUAAUGACAAACGACGUCAUCGAAAUCGAAUUCGUGCCAUCCAUACUCAAACAGUGACAACUAAUGCUCCAUCACGGCUUGUCAUUGUUCAUUGA